AGUCGGUUAAAAAAUCAUGUGCAUAUGUAUGAAUAAAAAUCAUGUUCACAUCAUAUGCACAUAAGCAUGCAUUGUAUUACCAAUGACCUAUCAGCACCGUUUCCACUCUAAAUCACAGCUCAUUGCCAAGUAUAAUUUUUCGAAAACUCAACCCCGCUUAUCGGCCAUUUAAACGCCAAAUUCAAAGCCGACAUCUUAAAAACAUAAAAACCACAUUAAAGUUUUAUUCAUUCACCUUAAUAUAUGUACAUAGAUUUUUAAACUGAAUAUGUAUUCAUAUCGUCGCCCGCCAAGAAUAACCAAAAUAUUUGAAUAACGCUAAUACUGGCUGACGUUGAACAAAUACAAAUUUGUUGAAGCUUUUGCCGGUUUUUUCACGACUAACAGAGCGGCUGAACCAACAAAACCGCGCCAUGUGCGUUGAGAAGGUCUUAGGCGAAACGCCGAUAAGUUUUGGGUUAUCAUUAGAGCAAAAAAGAAAGGUAGACCUACUACUUCUAAGACACAUACAUACAUAUGUACAUACUUAUAUUUAUGCUACACAUUUGUUCAUGCGAAUAUUUGAUAAAUUUAUGAGAGAUAAGAGCUGAAGUAGCGUAUUUCUUGAAGAAAAGUGAUUGUAUCGUGGGAGCAGCAAUGCUUAGUGGGAGGAACUUUACGAUUGGGUCAACAUUAGCAACGUAUAUAAAGCCAGGUAUUGCAAUAGAAGGGGUACAGUUCAAAACUAACGUUCUCAAGUGCGAUCAACAGUGCGGGUCUCAAAACAAACCAUUCGUCUCAGCAUAAUUUUCCAAUUUUGAUCAACCGAAAUACCCAUCUACAUAUUCAGACGACUACAAUGACUCUGAUUGCAAAAGCACUAUUCCUUACAAUUGCUCUUUUCGCCCACUGCUUGCUACAGCUCAAUGCAUCACCACUCGUUGAUAUCCUUAGCUACCAGGAUGAUGACGACACGGAGGUGCUCGAAAUCGAUUUGAAUAGCAUCGACGAACUAAUGAAUGAGCACGAACUUGACAAGGACAUUAUAGAUUUGAGUUUUUAUGGCAGUGCACUCUUUGGUACACCAGAUAACGAAGUCACCGCUGAAUUGGUAGCUAAUUAUACACCCGAAGCUUCAACAGUGAAUCCUGAAGAGCUGGGCUCCUACCUGGAGGGUGACAUACUUGUGCCCAGCACAAAUGUGCUCACCAAAAAUGGCAUUACCACGCAAAGUUCACGCUGGCCCAAUGCAGUGGUGCCCUUCGAAAUACGCGGUCGUUUCGGUGCGCGUGACAUGGCUACCAUUGAGCAUGCGAUCGAGGAAUAUCAUCGUCGUACCUGCAUACGAUUCGUGCCGCGUAGCAGUGAGCAAGAUUACAUAUCGAUUGUGAGCGGCAAUUCGGGUUGUUGGUCGUCGGUGGGGCGUGUAGGCGGCAAACAGGAGGUAAAUCUGCAGACACCCGGUUGUCUCAGCAAACCGGGCACAGCAAUGCACGAGCUUAUGCACGCCUUGGGAUUCUUACAUGAACAGAACCGGCAAGAGCGCGACUCUUAUGUGAAUAUACAGAUACAGAAUGUACAGCCAUCAGCGGCGCCGAACUUCGAGAAGGCACAGAGCACCAUCGCCUUUGGUGUGCCCUAUGAUUAUGGCAGUGUGAUGCAUUAUUCGGCGAAUGCUUUCUCACGUAACGGACGCCCAACUAUAGUAGCUGUGCGACCGGGUGGCAACCAGCUAAUGGGCCAACGCGACGGCUUCUCGGCAUUCGAUAUCGAGAAGUUGAACAAGAUGUACAAUUGCGAUGCGGCUGCAAUGGGUGGCGGCAGUUAUGGCGGCUAUAUGGGUGCCAUCGCACCUGCUCCAAUGCCGGGUCCAGUACCCGCGCCAGCGCCAUUGCCGAUGCAACCAGCACCUGCGCCUCCAGCAGGUGGCGCUAAUUUAAUCGGCAGUUUUCUUGGCGGCCUCAUCAGCGGUUUGGGACUAGGUGAAGAGAUGGACAAUGUUAGUACUACGACCGCCGCAUCAAAUGAAGUUUAGAAAAUGAUGAAAAAUGUAACGAACGGUGUUAACGAAAUGCAUAUUCAUAACUUAAGUUGGGCAAUCAUUCCGUAAUUGCUUGAAAUAAGAUCAGUUACAAAACUCGAAUUUCAA